GCAGUCAGUGAUAAUGCCACUACCUGAUAAGGAUAAGUAAGAUACGGUCAACCGUGAUGUGCGCAGUGCAUCACUUCAAAAUCGCAUAGUAUGGUCCACAAAAAAAUUGUGGUAAUUGGUGACGGUGCGUGCGGGAAAACGUGCUUGUCGGUCACUUUUUGUAAAAAUGAGUUUCCUGAAGACCACAUUCCGACGAUCUACGAUACUUACUGCAAGACUGUGCUGGUGGAAGACCGAAACGUUGAGUUAGCGGUGUGGGAUACCGCCGGCGAAGAAGACUACGACCGCCUGCGUCCUCUAUCUUAUGCAAAUGCCAGUGUUAUUAUUGUAUGUUUUGCUAUUGAUAACCCAAUCUCAUUAAGUAACGUAGAGGCGAAAUGGGCACCUGAAGUGAAACAUUACUGUCGCAAAGUUCCUUUGAUACUAGUUGGGAAUAAACUCGACUUGCGGAAUAACACAGGAAGUGUGGAAGCGCUACAGACAAGGGACUUGCAUCCGGUUAACUAUGAAGAGGGAAUGAAAAUGGCGAAAAAAAUUAAGGCUCGGAACUAUAUUGAGUGUUCCGCGAAGCAUAUGAUGCGAGUUCAAGACGUAUUUUUGACGGCUGCACAUAUUGCGUUAGAACAAGAUACUGUACAGAAAUGUUGCAGUUGUUUUAAAUAAUUCUAUUUAAAUUUUAUAUCACUUACUCAAUAAAUCGAACAAAUUUUGUGAGAA